AAUGUGAUGCAAACCCUCCUUAAUCUUGUAGUGUCAAACUCUCAGGUGAAUGAGUCACAAGCUUUCCUGAACCUUCACAAUGAGGAUACUUUGUACAAUAUCGGAGAAGAACUAGAACGACCCAUUAGAUCAACCCGACUUAAGCGACAGAGAACUACAGAAGAUUUGUCCCAAGAAAUUCAUCCUGACCUACAAAAAGCACCGAAAGCUCCCACAACUGCGAGAUCUGAAAGCAGUGAUGUUUGUUUGGAGGAUGGGAUAAAUGAGAUUUAUAAUUUUUAUUUUGAUAACGUUGAAAAAGUUGUGCCAGAAAUUGACAUUG